CUAUCAAACAUAUUUAUUUUAACUCGUCGUAAUGUUGACAUGCACUUAAGAAUCUGCCAAAUAAGGAAGCCUGCCAAGUUUAAUUUGGGUCCGUGAGUUGGAAGCUUGGUUGGAAGCGGUGAUUUAACCAAAUAUUGCGUGCUUUGGUAAAUAAAUUGUAAUAUCGCUACGAAAGUGUCGUGAAAAACAAGUUUGUCGCUCGAUUUUCCGUUCUUGGUGGGAAAAUAGUCACAUCAAGGAAUCUCUUAGCGCUUUCCUCCUACGCAUCUUUAUGAAACUAUCGGCGAAGAUAAUGGAGCAGGGAAUAUUGACGACGAAAUUUCGCGGGGCGCUACAAGGGGCUCUGAUCGGUGACUGCUGCGGAGCUCCGUACGAGGGAGAGCCCAUGGAGGUGGGCACGAAAGUGGUGCUGAAGAAGUUCCUGCAGAAGCUGUCGGGACCCUAUUUCUCGUCCCCAGUGAAGCCCUACACGGACGACACGGCGAUGACAAUUGCGCUGACCGAGGAGUUGAUCGAGAACCGAGGAGUGGAUCAAACGAAGCUUGCCAAGCGCUUCGUGCAGCGUUACUUCCUGGCCCCGAACCGGGGCUAUGGAGGUGGCGUCAUGGAGCUGUUCAGCAAGAUGAGGAGCUCAAAGUUCGAGAACGUCCUGCAACUGGCGAGAAAUCAGUUCUCGGGCAGGGGCUCCUUUGGGAACGGGGCCGCCAUGCGGGUGGCUCCGGUAGCUCUGUUCUAUGCGGGAAGUGAAUCUGACAUGGUUGAGGCGGUGAGAAAACAGGCAGAAGUCACACACAGUCACAAGCUGGGCAUCAACGGUGCUAUCCUGCAGGCACUGGCAAUCCACCAGAGCCUCCACCUCAACCCCAUGAAGCCCGUGGAUACGCAGCACUUCGUGGAGGAACUCAUCCGAAAGAUGAAGCCCAUAGAGAAGGACGAAGAUGACAUUGACGACGGCAACGCGGAGCCUUAUCACAAUCAGCUGAAGGAGAUCAUCAGCCUGCUGGCCAAGUCAGAGCCGUCAGAUGACGUUGUACUCAAUGGAUUGGGCCACAGCGUGGCCGCACCCUAUUCAGUUCCAACUGCCAUCUACUGCUUCCUGCGCAGCCUCUCAGAAAUCGAGACCAUCGCCGUUGAGAAUCCCUUCAUGCGAUGUCUAGAGUACUCAAUUUCGCUGGGCGGUGACACGGACACCAUCGCGAGCAUGGCCUGCACCAUCAGUGGCGCCUACUAUGGCGAGUCAAUCAUCCCUCCGUCGCUCCUCAGGCACUGCGAGGCAGCGGAGCAGAUCACGGCACUCGCGGAUAGUCUCAACAAAGCCGUCCAAGAGUAGGCAGCGCUUCCAAAGUGCCUUCGCAAUGACAUCAGGUGCCACAGAGUGGAUAAUCGUGAUCAAUGGGUAAGUUUAUGAAGAUGCUCGUGUUGCUCCAGAGAAUGGCAAAUAAAAGGAUUGUUUGAAAAGGAUUGCGAUAAGAAAA